UGCGCCCUCUGUUCCCGUGGUAGCCAUUUUCAGUCAGUCUCGAAGCGGUAAGGCCAGUGAGGCGGUGAUGAUUGUGCAGUGCAAGUUGUGCUGAGGCGGUACAAAACGAGUGGCCCCAUCGCAAGAUGGCUGGGAACGAUGGGAUGGAAAGCCUCAUCCCGAUCGUAAACCGGCUACAAGAUGCUUACACCCAACUUGGAGCGAGUCUCACGCUCGACUUGCCUCAAAUCGCUGUCGUCGGUGGGCAAAGUGCGGGCAAAAGCAGUGUUUUGGAAAAUUUUGUUGGCAGGGACUUCCUUCCGAGAGGUUCCGGCAUCGUGACUCGUCGACCGUUGGUCUUGCAACUGAUCAAUUCAAACACAGAGCAUGGAGAGUUCCUGCAUUGCCGAGGGAAGAAAUUCACCGACUUUGCCGAAAUCCGUAAAGAGAUCGAAGAUGAGACAGACCGGGUGACCGGAAGCAACAAGGGCAUUUCCAACGUGCCCAUUAAUCUCCGCGUCUACUCUCCGCAUGUGCUUAACCUGACCCUGGUCGACCUUCCGGGGUUGACUAAGGUCCCCGUCGGUGACCAGCCUGCGGACAUUGAGAACCUGAUACGCGAGAUGAUCCUCGGUUUCAUCCGCAAGGAGAACUGUCUCAUUCUGGCCGUCACGUCGGCCAACCAGGACUUGGCCACCUCGGACGCGCUGAAACUUGCCAAGGAGGUGGAUCCGGAAGGGCUGCGCACCAUAGGUGUGAUUACGAAGCUGGACCUGAUGGACGAGGGCACGGACGCUCGGGAAAUCUUGGAAAAUAAACUCCUACCCCUUCGACGAGGCUAUGUCGGCGUGGUGAACCGCAGCCAAAAGGACAUCGAAGGAAGGAAGGACAUCAAAGCAGCCCUGGAAGCAGAGCGAAAGUUCUUCCUGAGCCACCCCUCGUACCGACACAUGGCGGACCGUAUGGGAACACCGUACCUGCAGAGGGUGCUCAACCAGCAGCUGACCAACCACAUUCGAGACACUUUGCCCGGUUUGCGUGACAAACUCCAGAAGCAGAUGCUUUCCAUGGAGAAGGAAGUGGAAGAAUUCAAGAACUUCCGCCCCGACGACCCCUCACGAAAGACCAAGGCUAUGCUACAGAUGAUCCAGCAGCUGCAGACGGACUUUGAGCGCAACAUCGAAGGUUCGGGCUCUGCUGCCAUCAACACGUCUGAGCUCUCGGGUGGAGCUCGUAUAAAUCGUCUAUUCCAUGAGCGGUUUCCUUUUGAAAUAGUCAAGAUGGAGUUUGAUGAGAAGGAGCUGCGCAAGGAGAUAGCGUUUGCAAUCCGGAACACUCAUGGCAUCCGGGUGGGGCUAUUCACGCCUGACAUGGCAUUCGAAGCCAUCGUGAAGAAACAGAUCGCCAAGCUGAAGGAGCCCUCCAUCAAGUGUGUGGACCUGGUUGUUGCAGAGCUCGGCAAUGUCAUCCGCCGAUGCGCUGAAAAAAUGAGCCGAUAUCCCCGCUUGAGAGAAGAGACUGAACGCAUCAUCACGUGCCACGUACGAGAACGGGAAAACACGGCGAAGCAUCAGAUAUCUUGGCUGGUAGAAGUAGAAUUGGCCUACAUGAAUACGAAUCAUGAGGACUUCAUUGGGUUCACCAAAGAAGACCAUCACUCAGGUGCACAACAGACGGCUGAUAACUCCUCGGUAGGAAAACGGAAAUUGGGCAACCAGUCGGUUUUUGCCGUGAUCCGCAAGGGGUGGAUGUGUAUCCACAACCUGGGGAUCAUGAAGGGCGGCUCGCGAGACUACUGGUUUGUCCUGACGUCGGAAUCAAUCUCCUGGUACAAAGACGAGGAGGAGAAAGACAAGAAAUACAUGCUCCCUCUGGAUGGUCUCAAGAUUAAAGAUAUCGAAGGAGGCUUCAUGUCACGUAGGAACACAUUUGCCCUCUUCAACCCUGAUCAGAGGAAUGUAUACAAGGACUACAAGCAGCUGGAACUGUCGUGCGAAAGCCAGGAAGAGGUGGAUUCCUGGAAGGCGUCUUUCCUGCGUGCUGGAGUGUAUCCCGAGCGAGCAGCCAGCGCAGCAGGGGAUGGGGAGAGUUCCUCGGACAGUGGAUCGGAUGCCGCUGCCUCUUCCAUGGACCCUCAGCUGGAGCGCCAAGUGGAGACCAUCCGUAACCUGGUGGACUCCUACAUGCGCAUUGUCACAAAGACAUUCCGAGACCUUGUGCCCAAGAUCAUCAUGCAUCUCACUAUUAAUGAUACAAAAGAUUUCAUCUACUCGGAGCUGCUCGCUUCUCUGUACGCAGCUGGAGAUCAGUCUCAGCUGAUGGAAGAGAGUGUGGAAGAGGCACGGAAGCGUGAUGAGCUGCUGCGGAUGUACCACGCCUGCAAGGAGGCAUUGCGGAUUAUUGGGGACGUGUCGAUGCAAACAGUCUACCAGCCCACUCCGCCUCCAGUGAAAGACGACUGGUUGAGGAUGUCGCAGACCCCGGACUCCCCACGGCCGGCCCCUCCCUCGCCGGGGGGGCCCCGGAGGAACGUGGGAUCCUCCCGGGCACCACCCCCGGUCCCAGCAGCAGCGAGGCCAGCCCCCACGGUUCCCUCGCGCCCCGACGGGGGAGUGCGUCCUCCCCCGACAGCCCCACCCAGGCCUACCAGUGCCGCUUUCCCGGCACCCCUUGUGCCUUCGCGUGGGUCGCUGCCGAGCGUGCCGCCGCGCGUCGCACAGGCGGCCACAGACAUGAUGCUGGACGCCUUCGGCAUGCCCAUCAACAAAUGAACAAGUCCCCCAGCUUGCAACGUUUCUGUGGCUCCAACUGCUUUGCACAGGGCUGCCAGAUGUGCAGCACCACGGCACGUACCAUGGGCCACGGGAACCUGGCGACGGUCGGGCGUUGCCCCGGCUGCUGCACGUGUUGCUCUGUUUGCGGGCGGGUCGGAGGACAUGCCUCCUGACAGGAACGUUCUUUCCUCAAGGGCCUGGGACAUAGCAAGUAUUUUCUCGAGCUGGCAAACAUUUCUCGUUUGAAACGCAGUAGGGAGGGCACGUGUGUUUUU